CAUCUUUCCGGAACAGCUAAGAACUGUGCUGAACUAUACAAAGCUGGCAAAACAAUCAGCGGUGUGUACACAAUCGACCCUGAUGGUGAAGGUGCCUUUGAUGUGUUCUGUGAUCAAAACACAACCGGAGGGGGAUGGACAGUGUUCCAGAAGAGACUGGACGGCUCGGUUUCUUUUUAUCGUUACUGGGAUGACUACAAAAAUGGGUUUGGUAACCUGAAUGGUGAGUUCUGGCUUGGAUUGGACAAAAUUUACCGCCUGACGGAAAAAAAACGCAACCGCCUUCGAGUCGAUCUGGAGGAAACUACAGGCGACACUGCUUACGCUGAAUAUGACAUGUUUGCACUUACAAACGAAACGACUAAAUACAAGCUCAGUCUAGGAAUGUACUCAGGUAUCGUGCUUGGAAUGUAUAUGAUUUUGAUAUACAGUAUUUUGUGCUCGUGUCUUAAUUAUUCGUUGUAUGUUUGUUCAGGUUAGCGGUUUCUUGCAAACUUGAAAACUUUUCUAGUAAGUUUCAAAAGGAGCUCAGUUACUUUCCAAACGUAGCCCCUAUCUUGCACUUCAUUCAUGUAUUCCACUCCAAACAUUCCUGGUAAAAUGACCUUGUAUGAAUCCUAGGAACUGCUGGUGACUCAUUAACGUCGUUUCAUCGAGACCAGCCGUUUAGCACUAGAGACCAAGAUCAUGAUGCCGACCCAGAAAACUGCGCUGUGACCUACAGAGGAGCCUGGUGGUACUCUAAUUGCCAUCGUUCAAACUUGAAUGGUUUUUAUUACAAUGGUUUACAUUCAUCAUUUGCUGAUGGUGUCAACUGGUAUACAUGGAAAGGAUAUAAGUAUUCUGCCAAGAGAGCUGAGAUGAAAAUCAGACCGGUCAACUGUGUGCAAUGUAUGUACAGUAUAACGUCGUGAUUGUUUACAUGUAACAAACUAAAUGUCAAAAUAUCAUGUCCCUGAAACUUUUUAGGAAUUCCCAGGCAGAAAAAUAACCAUUUUAGGCUUAACUGAGUCAAUAUAAUAAGUUGAAUGUCAAUAAUAUAUAAUUUCAUUACUGAAUUUUACUUGCCAACUAUACAUACAUUCAUUCUCGCAAGACCUAGCAGAGUAAUAUUUGAUUCCACUAAAUCAUCAUGAAGCUUGCAAGCCCUGGUUUUGUGGUUUUAAUUGGUAUUGCUAUGUGUGAGCGAAAGAGGACGGACACAAAGCUUAAAUAACAUGACACAUUUGGNAGGUAUCGUGCUUGGAAUGUAUAUGAUUUUGAUAUACAGUAUUUUGUGCUCGUGUCUUAAUUAUUCGUUGUAUGUUUGUUCAGGUUAGCGGUUUCUUGCAAACUUGAAAACUUUUCUAGUAAGUUUCAAAAGGAGCUCAGUUACUUUCCAAACGUAGCCCCUAUCUUGCACUUCAUUCAUGUAUUCCACUCCAAACAUUCCUGGUAAAAUGACCUUGUAUGAAUCCUAGGAACUGCUGGUGACUCAUUAACGUCGUUUCAUCGAGACCAGCCGUUUAGCACUAGAGACCAAGAUCAUGAUGCCGACCCAGAAAACUGCGCUGUGACCUACAGAGGAGCCUGGUGGUACUCUAAUUGCCAUCGUUCAAACUUGAAUGGUUUUUAUUACAAUGGUUUACAUUCAUCAUUUGCUGAUGGUGUCAACUGGUAUACAUGGAAAGGAUAUAAGUAUUCUGCCAAGAGAGCUGAGAUGAAAAUCAGACCGGUCAAC